AUGGAAGAUCAACCCGGACUACCCUCGACGGAGGGUUUCCAUUACCCACCCCUCCAUCCAGCAGGGAACGCCAUAAGAGUCCUAGUUGUGGAACCUGGCGAUUUUGAUGACGAGAUUAUAUCGACACUCACACCGGUUGUCUUCAGUGAGAAGCCGAAGUAUGUGGCACUCUCAUAUACUUGGGGGUAUUCGUAUCCAGACAACGUUAGGCUUCCUAUUGCGCCAAUACCCGCAGGUGAGUCACCGAGUGGCUACACAGAUACGAUUCCAAUUGGCUAUGAUAACGGGAUACAAGCGCCUGAGGCGUCGGCGAUGGCGGCGAGUAACGAAGCAGGCUUCAUCAUUACACAUCCGUUACUUUUAUGGAUCGACGCUAUCUGCAUCAACCAAGGGAACACAGAGGAGCUGAAUAUGCACGUUUCCAUGAUGUCUUUCAUCUACAAACGAGCAACCACCGUUGUAGCAUGGCUUGGCGUCAAGGAGUACAAAGACCAAUACACUAGUUUCCAAUACAUGCACAGAGAAUGGAAGUUUGGACAAACGACACACCUAGCUGGAUAUGUCGACGAUCCAUCCAGUAUGGACUACUCUGCAGAGCCCGACGAAAAUACUUUCGCUCGUGUCACACGGAGCACUUAUUGGACACGACUAUGGAUAGUGCAGGAAGUAUGUCUACCCCAGAGGCUUAACUUCGCGUAUGGGUCGAAAUUAUGGUCUUGCGAAGAUCUGCGCCACUGGAGACAUCCCAAUAUAUCUGGCACUGGACUGGAGAAUAUGGCCCACCUUCUAAAGGCCAAAAGUAGCGAGGUACGAGACAAGAUCUAUGGCCUUGUGGGACUGGCGAAUGAUAUCAAGCCACACUCAAGUACCGAUGGCAUAGAUCCCAUGGGGCAGUACACUGAGUCGCUGGAUCUCCAAAAUGAGGAUCUCCCCGAUGCGCCAAAGGGGAAAAGAAUGUUCAAAAUCGAUUAUUCCCGUUCGCUAUAUGAGCUUUGGGUUGAUGUCUUAAAAUAUAUAUACUUCAAACCCCAAGGGGGAAGUACCAGACAAACCCUAAGUGUUACACGGUCAUCCUCGUUCUCGGGCGGGGAUAUUCUCGUCGGAAAGGAGAAGCAACUCUACGUUGCAAGGGCCUCUGGAAUGGUUCAAAAAGCUCUUGGGCAGAAGGUCCUAAGCUCCGAACCGGUCAUCCGGGCUAUAGGUUACCUCAGCGGCGAAGUGCUAGAGUUAGAUCCAGAGUGCACCUCUCUAAUAGUUAGCCAUCAUUCAGAACAGGAAUGGCUAGAUUGCAUAGAAAGCCAUUACGCCGACUCGGCCAACAUAGAAGCGCUACGAAUAACGAAUGAACAAUAUAUGGUCAAAAUAUUAGAGUACACGGAUCAGGACAUGGCGAGAAUCCGCGACAUUGACAACCCCAAAGUCACAGCUUGGAGCCUUACUGGCCGCAGGCCUCAGAUCUCCAGCCCCGCGUACAUUGCUGAGUACGCGAAGAUAUGGAAAGAUGCGCGAGGACAAGAUCGGAACCACUCAACUGGGUCGACAAUCUGCCUCUGUACUGGAAAUCAGAUCGCGAUUAUCCCGCCAACGACUAAACCGGGGGAUGUCAUCGUCAGAUUCUGGGAUUGCAAUGCUGCAAUCGUUAUGCGACCCUUUGCUAAUGUCAAUGACGAUCAGAACACGUCCUUCAUGCUUGUCGGGAGGGCGGAUGUCGCUGAAGUCGUGGAGGGGCACACUGACAAUGAAAUCGAGUCAAAACAACAUGCACGGCCGGUAGAAGGACUCUUAGGUCAUCUAUCACCUCGUUACGCUAAAGGCUCCCAAGUUCCCGGCGCAGUAUAUGUGGACUUGGAUUUUGCUACGUUACAGCUGAUCACUGCUUCAAUAGAGAUUGGGGAGCAGCAGAGUUUCUAA